AUGGCCAACACAAAUCCAUUAUUUUCCCUGUUCAAUCAUCAUGAAGAGGACAUUGAAAUUGUACUUUCCGAAGAAACAAGUAAUUUACCAGAAAUUCCAAGUAAUUUGGUGAAUAAAUUUGGAUCAAUCAAAUUCAUGCUAGGACGGUCAGGUUCUUGUUUGAUAUUAUCGGAGGAUGAUGAAUUAUUUGUAACUGUUGCUGAUGGAUUAAUUGUGAAUGAUGGUUUUAACCCAACUUGGAAAAGAUUUACAAUAGGAUUUAAAAAUCCCAAUGAAAGAAUUGUUCAUGUCAGUGCAAGUUAUCAUGCUUGUGUUUUAAUUUUACAAUCUGGAAGUCAAUUUAAUAAUAUUAGUACAAGAGUAUUUGUAGGUUAUGUUAAUGGAGAACGUGCAGAUAGGGAUUUUGGAGAGGAAGUAACUGAAUAUUCAGAUAAGGAAGAGAAUUUAUUAGAUGGAGAUGAAAACUCAAAUAUUAUCUGGUAUCAUUUGAAAGAUUUUGAAUUGAACAAUGGAGAAUAUGUUAAUUAUUCUUCAUGUGCUGCAUUUGCAUGUUCAUUUAUCACAUCUCAUGGAAGACUUUUUGCAUGUGGCAGUAAUCAGUUUGCUGAAUUAGCUCAACCAACAACUGGGUUUAGAACAGGACAGAUUAUUCCCAAAGUUAAUCAAUGUUGCCUUGAUCCAUUGAAUGAAUGUGAAAAUCCAUUCUUUAUCAAAACAGUGAAUGGGGAUCACAAUAUUAUUGGAAUUACUAAGGAUCAUAAUAUUUUCUAUUGUGGAUAUGAUAUGGAGUUUGGUGGUAAAGAUUUAGAAAUGAUGAGACAAUUGAAACGAGUUGUAUCAUUGGAAUAUGAUGAAUACUUUAUUGAUAUUUGUGCCUCAUAUUAUCGUAGACUCUAUUUAACAAAUGAUACAUUCUUUGGUAAUAUUAUGGACAAAAUAGGUGAAACAGUAGUCUCAUGUCGUAUGUGUGGCUCUGCCAGUAAAUAUUACCUCCUUAUAAAUAAUUACAAGAUUUUUAGUUUGGAAGAGGAUUCCUUUACACUCAAACUCAUGCAUACAGUAACUAAUCCAAGACCAUUCAAAACUCUUCAAAUUGCUACAGAUGAAAGCGGUUUUGUAGUUGCCUAUUGGAAAUGCUCAACAGAAUCAAAAAAUUUAAUGAACCAGAAAGAAAAUCUCAAAAAAAGAGUUUAUGAUAACUUGCUUUCUGAUAUUAGAUUUAAUUAA